CGCGUCUAGAUACUCGUCUAUGGCUACGGUCCACUUGACGCGCUACAAACGUUUCAAAGCAUUCUUUGAUUGGUCAAUUUCGUAAAAACUUUGUUUCGAUUGGUCGCACUGUUAUAUUCGGGGAUACUGUUUGUUCCAUAUUGUUGUCCACCCUGAUCGGUGCUACCACGAGCGAUAAUAAAUUUGAAAUUUGGAGAGUGUAACGUAUCGCUCAAUGUUUUUCACCUGUUGCUCUCGGAUUUUUGUAUGACAGCAAUCUCUACGUCUCUUCCAAGAUGGUAAACGUUACUGGUAUUUUGACGAAGGAUAAAAAAGAAAAUACGAGGAUAUCUGCAGAGGAUAUGGACGAGGCACGCAAAAGAGAUCUGUCAUAUCUCUAUCUUUGCCACUUGGAAGAAGCCAAAAAGUGGAUGGAAGCGUGUUUAAGGGAAACUUUACCUCCAUCGACUGAACUAGAGGAGAACCUUCGCAAUGGAGUGUAUCUGGCUAAACUCGGCCAUUUUAUGGCACCCAACAUUUUGCCACUGAAUAAAAUCUAUGAUGCUGAACAGCGCAGAUACAAAUCUGCUGGAUUACAGUUUCGUCAUACAGACAAUAUAAAUUAUUUUCUGAAAUGUCUGGGAUCCGCGCAACUACCAUUGACAUUUCUGCCAGAAACAACAGAUAUAUAUGAUAAGAAGAAUAUGCCACGACUGAUAUAUUGCAUCCAUGCUCUUAGUAAACAUUUAUUUAAAUAUGGGAAAGCUCCACUAAUGCCAGAUUUGUAUGGAAAAGUAAAUUUCUCAGAGGAAGAAAUUGAUACCGUUACUAAAGAAUUGCAAAAACAUGGCAUUCAAAUGCCCGCCUUUCAAAAAAUAGGAUGUUUAUUAACAAACAGCACUACUAUAGAUACAGCUACUCUUCACGACGCUGUGAUUGCAAUUAAUCAAGCUAUAAUAGAUAAUGAUAAUGAUAAAAUUUUACAAAAACUUCGAAGUAAAGAGAUACAGUUAAGUAAUGUUGAACCUGCUUACAUAGAAAGAUAUACCAAGGCAUUGUCAGAAGCUAAAACUGCGAAAACGGAGGCGGCACUUAAUAAGUCUCUUAACGACAGUUACGUAUCGGAUGAAUAUGAUGAAUUAUUAACGCAAGCAGAAAUACAGGGACAUAUUAAUUAUGUAAAUGUUUCUUGUGCGCUCGAAGGUAUUGUUUCUUCUUUAUCACAUGACAACGCUAAAAUACUUGCUGCUUUAAAAAUGCCGGCAUUAUCUUUCAAGAAUGUAUUGUCUGAAAAUGUUGAAGAAUAUAAAGAACAAUUAAUGCUGAUAUUGAAUAAAUUCGAAUGGAAUGAUACAUAUCCAUCUGAAAGCAUUCAGUACUGGACAGAUACGUUUCAGAAUGCGAUUAAGAAAGGAAACGAGAAUGCACAACAACGUCGCAAACGAGAAAAAACUAUUGAAUGUUUAAAUAUGGCUUUAGAAUCUGAGGACAAAGAAAAGUUUUAUGAGAUCUUGCAAACGCCAUGUCUGGAAAUUUCUCAUUGCAUUGAUGAAUUUGCAGUUCCAUUGUAUUAUCAAGAGUUGAAGGAAGAUCACAUAGACUCUGGAAUUAAUAUUACUUACGCUGAUUUAGUCGCUUGUAUACCUAUCUUAUCUGUUAUUGCUGCUAUUACUAAAGCGGUGGACACAGGAAAUCCAGAUUUUGUAUAUGAAAAGUUGUCGAAUCCUGAUACACGUUUAGCUGGACUGGAUGAAUUUAAUAAAGUAAAGUAUGCUCAGACACUAACAGCGGCUCGGCGAACAAAGCUGAGAAUGUCCCAGGAAUGCUCUAUAUUAACUUACAGUGACAUUCAAGAAUGCAUCGAUUCGGUGAAUGCUCAGUGCGAUGAAGGUUUUGAAGUUAUACAGAUUUUGCAGCAAAUUAAUCGAACCGUAGCAGCAAACAAUCAUGAAGGUAUGAUGAAAGCCUUGAAAAUGAUUACCGAAAAGUUCGAUAUUCCUACAUAUCCACAUGACGCAUCGCUUUAUUUGAAGUUAUUUAAAAAACGUUUAUUUGAAAAAGAAUUUGACGAAUCUGAAUUAUGGCUGGAAGAUGUCAAAGCUAUAGCAGAGACAGUGACCUCAGAGAUUGAAGAAAUGCAAGAAAUAAUUAUAUUUUUGCGCAAUAUUAACACACACCUGGAAAAUGAUAAUAUGUUAGAAACUCUUGACUGUUUGGAAACGCUUGAUAUAUCUGAAAGAUUUAAAGAACUCGCUGAAGAAUGUCAAGAAAGAUGUUUUCUAGCAUUACGGCAGUUACAAAGGCGAAAGCGCAAAAUGUACAGUUGCCCAUAUGUUUGCUAUACUACCAAUAAAGGAAAUAAAAUUUAUAUUGAUUUGGAAAAUGGAAGGUAUGCGUGGGAACGCCCGAUAAAUUUUACAAAAACUUAUCAUCUUACUAUGGAUGAUAUAAAUGAAACGAUUAAAUCUAUUGUAGCAGAGAAACGUGAAGAAAAUUAUAUGAUGUAUGAUGAAGAAUUAUUUACUAAAUUUCAAGCUUGCAUUAGAGGAUAUUUGUUGCGUAAGAGAAUUGAGGAUAGAUAUGCAUAUUUUGAUGAUAAUCUGAAAAAAAUUAUCAUGAUACAAGCAUGGUGGAGAGGUAUCAGACAACGAAAACAAUAUCAUAAAUUAUUGAAAAGGAGACAAAAUUUUUUAUUACAGCAGAUUAAAUCUUUAAAUGCAAAAACAAAUAACAAGAAUGACAAGUUAUGUCAAAAUAAAUUAUUAAAUGCAAGAGCAAAUGACAAGGGUGAUAGAUUAAGUCGAUAUAAAAGACAUGAAAACAAGAUAAUUAAGAUACAAGCUCUGUGGCGCGGCCGAGCAUCGAGAAAGGCUUUUCAUUCUUUACUGCGUUCGGAGAAACCGUCGUUUCCUGUAGUCAGAUAUUUUUCGACUGUACUAGGUUUUAGUGCCGAAGAUUAUGACAAGGAUUUGGAAUUACAAAAAUUAAAACACGAAGUGGUCCAAUGUAUAAGACACAACCAGAAUCUAUCGGAACAGUUGAAUAGCAUGUUUGUUAAAAUUGGAUUACUGAUCCAGAACAGAAUAGCGUUACAGGAUGUGGUGGCGCACGGCAAAAGUCUGGAUACUCUUGCGAAAGACAAGAACAUAAGCAAAGAUCAAAACGUUUUAACCGAUAUUUCUACGAUGACGCACAAAGGUCUCAAAUCAUUAACGAAAGAAGGCCGUAAGAUGCUGGAAGGUUAUCAACAUUUGUUUUACGCGUUACAGACGAAUCCACAGUAUUUGUCGAAAUUGUUGUAUUUGCCUCCCAGUAACAAAUCGAACAAAUUAUUUCUGAAGAAUAUCAUUUUGACACUGUUUAAUUUUGGAUCAAACACCCGGGAAGAUUAUUUGCUGCUGAAACUCUUCGGUUACGCGUUGAGAGAGGAAAUCAAAUGUAAUUGUCAUCAGCCCUCCGAUGUGUUAACUGGCAAGCCUCUAGUUCGCGAAAUGGUAGUUAAUUAUGCGAAGCAAUUUAAUGGUCAGGGAUCAUUAAAGCAGAUUGUAGGUCCGUUGAUCGAGAAAGUUCUGGGGGAGAAAGAUCUGUGCAUAGAAACAAAUCCGGUAGAUAUAUACAAGUUUUGGCGGAAUCAAAUGGAAAUGGAAUGCGGCCAAUCUUUGGAUAUGCCUCACGCGGUGUCUCAGGAACAAGCGCUGAAACAUAUUCCAGUGCAGGAGUCACUCACGCGAGCGAUUAAUCAAUUGAAAAAGAUAUCCCUCGAGUUUCUCGACAGGAUAACACAAUCCCGCGAUUUAAUUCCUUAUGGAAUGCUUUACGUUUCAAAAGUCUUGUACAACACUCUGAUGGAGAAGUUUUCGCAUGCACCUGAGAAAGAUAUUUUGAAGGCGGUUGGCAAUUUGAUUUACUAUCACUUCAUCAACGCCGCGAUCGUGGCACCAGACACCUUCGAUAUCGUUACAUUGCCAGUUGACAAAACAUUGUCCUCCUGCCAGAGGAAAAAUCUGGCCAGUAUAGCCAAGGUAUUGCAGUUCUCCACCUCGAAGAAAGGUUUCGGCGAAGAGGCACCGCAUUUGGAAUGCUUGAAUCAGUUCAUAAUUGCCUGCCACGAGAAAUUCAAGGACUUUUUCCGAUAUUGUUGUCAAGUGGAGGACCUCGAGGAGCACUUCAACAUUCACGAGUAUACAGAGGCGACGCUUAUACAAAAUCCAGAAAUAUGCAUAUCUUUGCAGGAAAUAUGCGAGAUGCAUGCCUUAAUGUUGAAUUACGAGGACCAAAUAGCACCAGAUCCGUCCGAUCCUUUACACGACUUGCUGGAUGAUCUGGGUUCGGCGCCAACCGUGGCGUCAUUGCUUGGGAUAUCCAAAGAGACGUACGACGCGAACUUGGCACGCUACAGCAAGCAAGAGGUAUGCCUGGUACUGACCAACAAGUUCCAAGUGCCCCGGAACGAUGACACGAAUCUAAGCAACCUCUUCGUGAAAGCAAAAGAGUUGCUCGUGUCAGUUAUCCCGUUUUUGAAAAGGUCGACCUUGAUGGAGUCCUUGGAGACUAUAUCCUCUCCAAUGUGUGUGAAGCUAUUGGACUACUCUUCCAUGUCGCCAACAGUUCGCGAGAACUCGUCUAUAAAUGAUUGUAAAAUGCAAUUGCGCGCUUAUCUCAAUAAACUCGAGCUUGAGGGAUGGGUCAGUCGUAAGGACGAUUAUCAAACGAUCGUGACCGCGAUAGCGAAGGACAUAUGCAACAAGAGCAAGUACCGCGUUGCGAGAGAUAAGGAGCUACAGACGCUGCGGGCGACCAAGGUGCGAUUAGACGAGAAGACGCGCUAUUAUCAGGAACAAGUCGAAUUCUAUAAUGAAUACAUAAAGGGGUGUCUUCAGAAUCUGCACAGCGGCAAGAGUUCGCUUCGUGCGUAUCAGACGACGCAGAAGGAUGAGUAUACGCAGUGCAAAUUGAAAUCCAAGAUGACGGUGAAGUAUUCCGCGUGGAAAAUGCACGAGAAGGGUGUGCUGAUGGAGGUCGAUCGUACAUUGAGUCCGACCGAGAUGAAGAACGUUAUUUUUGAGAUAAGCCCGACGGAGCAAAGCGGCGUAUUCACCGUACGUUGCAAAUUCAUGGGGGUUGAGUUGGAGAAGCUCGACAUCAGCAUACAGGAGUUGCUUGAGCUGCAGUAUGAGGGCAGACCCUGCAUGGACAUGUUCGGUAGAGCGAAAAUCAAUGUAAACCUGCUUCUGUACUUGCUAAAUCGGAAGUUUUACGGGAAGAAAAGUUGAAGGUUAACUGUUUUAACAUUUCUUCUAACGGAAUUCGAAACAACGGAAUUGAUUCACGCGUAUUACAUGUGCAAUUCAUUGCUAGCACAAUGUCUUCUGAGCAAAAGCGUGACAAUUUAUUAUCGUGACGAGUAAUCGAUUUGAUACGAUUCUUUUUUAUAUUUCGAAAUCGUUUUCGAGAAUGUUGAUACAUUCUUGUAAUAUAAAAUUGCACGUAAUGGAGCAAAGGGGGGAAGAAGUUCGUGAAAUUUCACUUUUUCUUUAGAAAUAAUAUGAGCCAGUUGUCUUCUCAAUAAUGACGCAAGCGCAGUUACUUACACAUGCGUCAUAUACAAAAGGUCUGUUUUUUCUGACUACAAUAAUGUAGUUUCCUUCAAUUUUACUUUUGCCUCCUUUUUUGCUUUAUUUUCUCCUGUUUUUUCCUCUUAAAAUGUAAUUAUAUACUUUUCGACAAAGAAAGAACAGUUGACAACAGGGCAAAAAACAGACCAACGUUAAGUCUUUCCUUCGCUUUAAUUAUUAUAUAUAUUUUUUUAAUAAUCUGCAAGAUAUAGUGUAUAUUAUGGUGGUUUUUUACUAGUUUUAUUUCACAUGUUUGUUUUAAUAAAUAAACAAUUCAAACGUUACUAACGAUAUCUUAUAAACUAUCGCACAUUCCAGUAAUACAUUUAACAGCAAUUUGUCUAGUCUACGAUACAGCAUACAUUUUGUAAAUAAUCAUGUUUGUGAAUAUUUGAGAUACUAACAAUGUAGCAACGAUCGUUUGAUAUCAAAUUACAUGAAUGCGACGAGUCUAUAAAUUUAUUCGACUCAUGAUUGCGAAUCAGUAUAUGCGGACUUCGAAGUGUGAACUUAUGAAAUUAGUAUUGGUCCAAGUUAUAAUAGAAUGGAAUAAGGAAGCUUUGAUUGAUAUUGUAAUAUGUAUGAUUUCAGCAAUCAAAAAGAAUUAAAUCAUGAAUUUUAAUAAAAUAUUUUUAUGCACUA